AUUGCCCGUAGUUGAGAUUUGCCCAAAGUCGCCAAAACAGUCCAAAUUUGCAUUCCCAUCGAACACUGCUCAAAAAACCAAAACCACUCAAUCGCAGGCCCCCAUCCAAAAACAAAUGCUUCUCCCCGAUCCACCAACCCCCCACCUCCUCAACCGCGCCUCGUACCGUUCCGGCGGGGGUUGGGGGCUAGGCGUCGCCGGCGGCAACCGCGGCGGCGGGAACAAGGUCUCGACCGGCGCAAUCGUCGGCAUCGUCAUCGGCAUCACGGCCCUCGCCGCCAUCACGCUGGCGGUUAUCGGCGCCAGGCGGGGUUGGUGGUGUCGACAGCGCCGCCGCAAGCAGGUCGACGAGAGCGACUCCGUGUCCACAGACGACAUGAUCAGCCCCAUGUCCGGACCCGAGAAUGGUCCCGACGUGGCUUCCAAGGACUGGAGGAGAAAGUUUACGUGGGGGGAGAGGGGGGAUGGGGAUGAGGUUGUGGCCGAGCCGAGGGCUGCUCGUGUGGCGGUUUAGGGGUUGGGGUUGCAUGAGAGACGGUUCAUGGGUGUUGUCGGAUAUUUUCUUUGUCUGCGCUUUUUUUUCUGUUCUAUUAUUUUCAUGGAAUGCGUAGCAAUCGUUUGGCGUUGACUUUGCAGUUGCACAGCAGAGAGGGCAUAUUCAGCGGCGAAAGAAGCAAAACCUGGGUUUGGAUUUUACGACAAUUCUCGGAAUCUCAUCAUUUUAACUAUAACACAGUUUUUCU